CCACGGUCCUCUCACAUGGGGCACACGCACAACAACGUGCUGCCGGGACAACGCCCACUAACCCGGGUAAAAGUAGUCUGUUUCUCCUAUGAGGAGGAGGCGUGGAUCUCCCCCAGAGACAAUCGACGCUCGCUGGAAUCUCGAGCCUUUGUUGUUGUGCUUCUUAUCCAACCAGCCAAUCAGAACCCUGCUCCAGACAGCCCCGCCCACAAAGCAUACCAGGCAUCCAAUCAGAUGGCUGCUCCAGGCAGGACGCCAUUUUGUCCGUCUCCAGCGGCGGUGGUUGGGGUCUCCUGCUGGCCGCUGGCUGGAACCUGUUGCUCCGUAGUUCCGUGUUGUGCAAUGGACGGCAGUGUCCACCACGAUAUAACAGUUGGUACUAAGAGAGGAUCUGACGAGCUUUUCUCCAGCGUCUCUAACGGCCCGUAUAUCAUGAGCACCACAGCCAAUGGCAACGACAGUAAGAAAUUCAAAGGUGACACAAGAGGUCUCGGGUCGCCGUCCAGGGUCAUCCACAUCCGAAAACUUCCCAACGACAUCAGCGAGGCUGAGGUGAUCAGCCUCGGGCUACCCUUUGGAGACGUCACUAACCUGCUCAUGCUCAAAGCCAAGAACCAGGCGUUCUUAGAAAUGAACUCGGAGGAAGCGGCUCAGAACAUGGUGGGAUAUUACUCCACAGUGAUGCCCAUCAUCAGGCACCACCCUGUCUACGUCCAGUUCUCUAACCACAAAGAGCUAAAGACUGACAACUCCCCAAACCAGGAGAGGGCGCAGGCGGCUCUUAGAGCCCUCAGUACCUCUCAUGUAGACACGAAUGCGGUGGCUCCCAGCUCGGUGCUGAGGGUGGUGGUGGAGAACCUGGUUUAUCCCGUCACCCUGGACGCCCUCUGCCAGAUCUUCUCUAAGUUCGGCACGGUGCUGAGGAUCAUUGUGUUCACUAAGAACAGCCAGUUUCAGGCUCUGCUGCAGUAUCCUGACGGAGCGUCGGCACAGGCAGCUAAAUUGUCUCUGGAUGGUCAGAACAUCUAUAACGGCUGCUGCACUCUGAGGAUCAGCUUCUCCAAACUCACCACGCUCAACGUCAAAUACAACAACGAGAAGAGCAGAGACUUCACCAGACCGGACCUGCCCUCUGGAGACAGCCAGCCCCCUAUGGAGCACCCGGCCAUGGCCACCGCCUUUGCAGCUCCCGGUAUCAUCUCAGCUUCUCCGUAUGCAGGAGCAACUCAUGCCUUCCCACCAGCCUUCACACUCCAGCCUGCAGGUGAGUCUCACCUGCUGAGCUGCAGUCAGCCCGCUGCAGUGUCCCUCCCCUAUCCAGGCCUGACGGUCCCCUCCCUGCCCGGAGGCCUGGCCUCUCUCUCCCUCCCCGGGGCCACCCGGCUGGGAUUCCCCCCCCUUCCUUCUGGAGUCUGUGUUCUGCUGAUCAGCAACCUCAACCCCGAGAGAGUUACACCCCACUGCCUCUUUAUUCUCUUCGGUGUUUACGGCGACGUGAUGAGGGUGAAGAUUCUGUUCAACAAGAAGGAGAACGCUCUGGUUCAGAUGUCUGACAGCACGCAGGCUCAGCUAGCCAUGAGUCACUUGAGUGGUCAGCAGCUUUACGGGAAGUCUCUGCGCAUCACGCUGUCCAAGCACACCAGCGUGCAGCUCCCCCGUGAAGGCCACGAGGACCAGGGUCUGACCAAAGACUACAGCAACUCCCCCCUGCACCGAUUCAAGAAGCCCGGCUCCAAAAACUACUCCAACAUCUUCCCACCUUCCGCCACCUUACACCUCUCCAACAUCCCCCCAUCUGUGGUGGAGGAGGACCUCAGGAUGCUGUUUUCAAGCUCAGGAGCCACAGUCAAAGCCUUCAAGUUCUUCCAGAAGGACCAUAAGAUGGCUCUGAUCCAGAUGGGCUCGGUGGAGGAGGCCAUCGAGUCCCUCAUCGAGUUCCACAACCAUGACCUGGGAGAGAACCACCACCUGCGAGUCUCUUUCUCCAAGUCCUCCAUCUGAGCCUUCAGACUCCAAAGUCUGAUCCUGACUGGACGGUGUCCACUACACUCCAAUCAUUCCAACACGUCUGCAGAACCAGCGUGAAGUCUGCUGUGGUCUUAGAUUAUGAUUUAACUCCUUCACCUGUCCUGGUUUUCAGAGAGGGGAGGGGUCGACACGAGGAAUAUUAGUCCUGAGGAACAUGUUUGAAGUCACGUUUCAAGUCCUUGUUAGGAUAAUCCAGAUUAUAAUCCUGUUCAUGUAUUCUGUAUGUGUUGAAGCCUUUCAGCCACUCUUGCCUUUGACUGGAUGAAGCAGAGACGUAGAGUGUUACUCUGAGCUCAGAGCUCAGUCUUUACUCUCAGACCGACAGGUGUCUCCUCACCUGUCAGGUGUCUCCUCAUUCGUCAGGUGUCUCCUCACUAAUAUUCCUCUCUGAAGCCUCUCUCCUGUCUCAAACCCACCGGUCAGGUGGUAGCCCGGCCUUGGUAAUCCAGCUGUGCUUUGGCCUUCAGAUAAUCCCUGUGCCUUAUUCCUGAAGUCAGAGCGACCUGGACUCUGAUGUGUAAAAACUCAAUCUCCCAUAAUGCCUCUGUAAAUGUUCCCAUGAGGUUUACAGAAGAAAAGGUUUACUGUUGAGGUGUGUUACAGGUGAAUCAUGUGUUCAGUGUAUUCUGUUGUUAUUGUGUUUUGUACUGCUGGUUUCUGUAGCGUCGAACAUGUGAACUCAUCCUGUUUUUGCUGGUUUUCUGGGUUUUCUGGGUCUGUAGUUUUGUUUUCUAUUCUUUUUGAACUCUUUGAUUUCCAUGUAUGCAAUCAUGUUUUAUUCCAAUCAGAUAUUGUAGCAAUAUUUUAAUCAUUCCUGGACUUUUGGUUUGUUGGUUUUUGGUGUCUGUGCGAGCCGGGCGGCUCGGUAACUUUUCGAUCAGCAGGUUGUGAACUCGUGUUUCUGUCUCGUUCUGUUGAAUCCUGACGUCAGCUUGUCUCGUCUGUUGCGUUGCCUCUCUGAACGGUUUUAUUUAUACAUUUGUGAUCCACUACAGCUGAAACCAAAAAACGGCCUUCUCGAUGCAAACAAACCCACCUGCCUCAGGUUCUGGUGUGAAGGACUAAACACAGAGAUGGAGAGCCGCUCAAGCUCUGACGCUGUUUCCCUGUGAGAACGUUGUUUUUUUUUCAUUUCUCGACCGCUUCAUUGGAGUCAGCCUGCCGCUGCCACUUCAGUCUCUUUAGCUAAAGCAGAUAAAGUAAAGUGGAGUGCCUUCAAGUUGUACUUCAGGUGUUCAUUCCUCCUGGUUUAAAGGUUGGCGGAGGAGAAGCCCGUCACAGAGAAACCAGAAGACGCUGGUUCGGUUUAUCUGUGUCUUAAUAUUAUUACGUUGACAUUCCAGCUGCUCUGACGUCCACCUGAACCUCAACAUGACGAACCUCACUUGUCUGAACUGACAGGUUUACAACUGUGAUGCAUUCAUGACACCUGGGAGAGAGGGAGAGAGAGAGAGAAGGGGGUUUGAAGCAGACAGAAACUUUAACUCUGGUUUCAGAAAGACUGCAUUCAGUUUAAGACCAGGUGAUGAAUCCUGAGUCCUGGGAGGCUAUGAGGUAAGCUGCCUCCUGCCUGAGCGCUGGAACGGGUCCACCUCAGUCUUACCAUCACACUGUAAUCCUUCUGACACGUGGACACUCAGGUUCAAAUGAUCCAUUAUGAACCUCUGCUCCAAACACCUAUCUUACACACAUACUGCCUCUGCUGUGUGUCCUUGCUUUCGAAACUCUCUCAGGCGAUGACGCUGGGCGUUUACUGUCCUGCCUGAACAUUCAGAUGCUCCUCAGAGGGUUUAACGUUCAGGUGGUCCUCAUCAGCUGAUGUGAGCUGGUGUUCUCUCCUAGGUGUCCUGAAUCAGGUCUCUCUGCCUGUCGUUUAAACCAACAGACAGAAAACUAAUUUUUCCCAGGUGACCUCAAUGCAUCAGAGACCUUCAGGUGAGAUAGGUCAGGUGGGUGAGGCAGGGUGGGACCAGUGAGCGAGCAGCAGGUGGAGAUUGGGUGGGGGAGGGUAGUGAAGUGUACAUAGGUGUUUUAUACCACAGUGGGCUGAUGGUUGGUUUUAUAUCUGAUGAUGACGACGAUGAUGAUGAAGACGACGAUGGUGUAUAUUUUGAUCCAUGUGUGAAACGGUUCUGAGCCUUACACUGUUUGUGUCAGAAAAAAAAAAAAGAUUAAAUCACUUUUUAUCUAAA